AUGCAAAGCGAGAACAGAACAGUGAUAACAGAAUUCAUCCUUCUUGGUCUGACCCAGUCUCGAGAUAUUCAGCUCUUGGUCUUUGUGCUGAUCUUAAUUUUCUACUUUAUCAUCCUCCCUGGUAAUUUCCUCAUCGUUUUCACCAUAAGGUCAGACCCUGGGCUCACAGCCCCACUCUACUUCUUUCUGGGCAACUUGGCCUUCCUGGAUGCUUCCUACUCCUUCAUUGUGGCUCCCAGGAUGCUGGUGGACUUCCUCUCUGAGAAGAAGGUCAUCUCCUACAGAGGCUGCAUCACUCAGCUCUUUUUCUUGCACUUCCUUGGAGGAGGGGAGGGAUUACUCCUUGUUGUGAUGGCCUUUGACCGCUACAUCGCCAUCUGCCGGCCUUUACACUAUUCAACUGUUAUGAACCCUAGAGCCUGUUAUGCAAUGUUGUUGGCUCUGUGGCUUGGGGGUUUUGUCCACUCCAUUAUCCAGGUGGUCCUCAUCCUCCGCUUGCCUUUUUGUGGCCCAAACCAGCUGGACAACUUCUUCUGUGAUGUCCCACAGGUCAUCAAGCUGGCCUGCACCGACACAUUCGUGGUGGAGCUUCUGAUGGUCUUCAACAGCGGCCUGAUGACACUCCUGUGCUUCCUGGGGCUUCUGACCUCCUAUGCAGUCAUUCUUUGUCGUAUACGAGGGUCUUCUUCUGAGGGGAAAAACAAGGCCGUGUCCACGUGCUCCACCCAUAUCAUUGUUAUGUUCCUCAUGUUUGGACCUGGCAUCUUCAUCUACACGCGCCCCUUCAGGGCUUUCCCAGCUGACAAGGUGGUUUCUCUCUUCCACACUGUGAUCUUUCCUUUGUUGAAUCCUGUCAUUUAUACCCUUCGCAACCAGGAAGUGAAAACUUCCAUGAAAAAACUGUUUAAUAAGCACAUAGCUUUAAAAAAGGGCAAAAUAAAAGAAUAAAAAAAGA